UGUGUAUGGGCUACAGAUAAACCUAGUCACCAACAUGCAGUUGUGAAUUUAGUCUUUUAAAUUGUGUUUUGAAUACUUAUCUUAAAAGGUAUAAAAAGUGCAAACGGGACUUUCAGAUACGAAGUGAAAACGAAGGCAAAGUGAAUGUGAUUAUUCUCCGCAAAUGAGCAGUGAUUGUAUCUAAACGAUAUUGAACUUUGUUGGCGUAACUGCUGUUUGUACACACAGGAAAAGCAGCUAUAGGUUUUUUCUUUUUUUGUUUUGAGUUGUGCGCGCACAUCAAUCAAAACAAAAAUAUUUAUCAACUGAUACUUUAAUUAGCAUUGAAUAGUAAUGGAUACUAGUGUAAGCUCUGAAUUGGACGAACUGGGUGAUACCACGCCAUUGCCAGGACUUACUCUUUACGAUUUGCUUGACCCAUCAACGUCGUCCAAAGAACAAAAUCUGGAGAGUGAUGAUAAUAGUGGAGCUGAUACUGAUAACAAACGGGGGUAUGUGGUAAAAAAAGAAUCGUCAACCACAACAAACGAACUGCUGAAUGCACCGGGACAAAAAAAGGCGCAAACUGUUAGAAUAUUAGAGAACAAACGAUUGACAGCACCCAUGGGAACUGCUUUAAAAAAUAUGUUAGAAGGAUCUGUUCGAGUUGUAACGACACCUACAAAAACCUCAUCAGCAACAGAUAUUAAGAUCCUAAACAAGUUACAGACUAAACCUUUGAAUGCUUUUGGCAAUGCGCCUGUAAAAAUCGGUAGCACAACGAUAGCAGCACCAACCACAUCGCCAAAAAAUAUUGGUGGCGUAAAAACAGCAAUUAAAAUUUCUGAUGGUAAGGUGCUCUAUCUGCAAAAGUCAACGUUACCAGUAGUAAGCGUCACAACUGAUCGCUCGGCACCUACCAGCUCGAACAUACGUCACGCCAUUCUUCCGAAGGGUGUGACUCCAAGCGGUACGCCAACAAUGAAAAACAACGCUUCGAACUCAUCAUCUUUAACUGUCCGAGGUUUAACUACAGUUGAAACGUCUAAGCCAACAGGUCAAUCAUUAAAUGCUGUUGCAACAAAUGAGUCAUCUUCAUCAGGUUUGCUUAAAAGUCCAUCGGCAGAUGCAGCAUCUAUACCAGUAGCUACUAAGAUACAAGUGGUGCGCACCGCCGAUGGUAAGCUAAUUAAAUUAAAUCAGGGGUCUCCCCCUGUACUCCUAAAUGCGAAGCCAGCAACUUUAGGCGUAAGAACCUCAGUUAGUUCGACACAAGCAGCAAUACCAACAGCUAUUUUAAGCAACAAUAGCAAUAAGCUCAUGAACAAGCCAACUGCACAAGUUAUCAUAAAAGGACCUUUGAAGCAAUUGCCAGCUGGAGCGUCACUUAGACCUGUCAUCAAUAAUUCAAGCAGCAGCAGCAGCAGCAGUAGCAACAGCAAUAAUGCAACAACUAGUACCAGCAGUAGUACUAUAGCAUCGGCCACUAUAGCAACGUCAGCUGGGUCAUCAAUGCCCACCGGUAAAAUGCUUGUUCAAAGUUCUACGGGCAAACAAAUUGUUGUGGCCAGUAGGAACAUAAUUAAAUUAUCACCAAAACCAAGCACAAGCACAACAUCAAAUACAAAUACCACAGCCGGUGGUCUACAUGCGAUUCAAUUGCCGGGGAAAAGUGGGCUGCAAUAUGUGCGAGUUUUACCUAACAACAACAGUAGCAGCAAUGAAAUAAAAACUAGUCCUCAAAAGGUGUCACUAGGACGUCCGCGGACGACCAGCAACAAUAACAGCUCAACUGUUUCUGUAAGUAACACUACCAAAAUCGUUAUGAAAACAACGGGCGGAAGCAUAGUGCCGCUCCCGUCAAUGCAAACUUUGGUUCCCAGGCGAGCACCUGGCGCUACAUCCAAUGCAGCAUAUACUAAGCCCCUCAGCAACAGCAGUAGUUUGGAUGCUGCACGCAAACAUCGGUUAUCCGAUAUUAAUGUACAACUAAAACAACUGACGAGCGAUAACGUCACCGAUUCAGGAAGCCCAGAGGCGAAGAAAGCACGUUAUGUUAUAGCCAUGCCGCACACCUCCAUGACAUCAGCCACAGGAUCAGCAACGUCGACAGCUUCAACGUCACAGAAACAUAUGCAAAAAUUAAUAGGAGCACGAGUACCGCAAGUGAAGCGCGUUCCGGUGCAGGGCGCCAAUAUGACGGGCAGUAACAGUAACACCACUACCCGAAAAGUUUACAAUUUGGUCACAAAAAGUGACGCCAAUGGGGUCAAGUAUAUGAUAUGUAACAAAGGCGGUGAAGGAAAACCACGCACAGUUUUUAACACGACAAUGCGACGCGGUUAUACGUUAGCCGACACUAAACUGCGUCGACCACUGGCGCUGGCUGCGCAACAGGCUCGUUUGAAGCAAAUGAAACCGCACCAGCAAAGGCAAAUAGUAGCACAGGUCAAACAGCGGCAACUACAGCUACAGAAACAACAACAGUCGACCAUAACAAAACCACAACAACAACAACAAAUAUUAAAGUCAACGGCUUCGCAGGACACAAAAAUAGCUGUACCUAGCAAGCCACUAUUUGACGUACUGAAACCGCCGCAAAUGCCAGUACCUGUAACUGGAGCAGCUGCCGCACUUGAUGCCUUAGGUGGUUCGCGACGAAAGCACUGUAACUGUAGCAAAUCUCAAUGCUUAAAGCUUUACUGUGACUGUUUUGCCAAUGGAGAAUUUUGUCAGGAUUGUACCUGCAAGGAUUGCUUCAACAAUCUGGACUAUGAGGUGAAGCGAGAGAGAGCCAUUCGCAGUUGCUUGGAACGUAAUCCCAGUGCAUUUAAACCUAAAAUCACGGCGCCCAAUUCGGGGGACAUGCGGCUACAUAAUAAGGGCUGCAAUUGCAAGCGAUCGGGAUGUCUGAAAAAUUACUGCGAAUGCUAUGAAGCUAAAAUACCUUGCUCCACUAUGUGUAAAUGUGUAGGCUGUCGUAAUAUGGAGGAUCGUCCCGAUGUUGACAUGGACUCUAUGGAUAGCUUAGCCGAUGUAAAAUUGCAAGCGAAUAAAGUAAAAGACCUCAACGGAACAUACAUACAGGACAAUCGCUCGAAUGUUUAUCUGACGGACGAUGUGAUAGAGGCGACUAUAAUGUGCAUGAUUUCGCGUAUUGUUACGCAUGAAAAGCAAAACUUGCCCAUAGAAGAGACGGAGCGUGAGGUGAUAGAAGAGUUGGGAGAAAGUUUAAAUCAAAUAAUAACUUUCGCCAAGGAGAAGAACGACACAUUUCACACGGACGAUCACAAGACGACGGCGGCCUAAAAAAGGAAAGGAAUGCUAUUUAUAUUCUUAAAACCUAAAACUUUCGCUCCUCUGUAUGUAGCUUUAAUGCACAUACAAUAUUAUUUCAUAAGUUUAAAGCGAUCUGACCUGUUUCUAUUUCAAUGUCUCUUAAUUAAGCUUUCAAAAAGUUGACCUUAAAGUGUAAAUUGCAAAUAAAUUAAUAUGCUAUUGCAUGAACAUAGCAUUUCCAUUAGCAUUAGCAAAUGUAAGAACAAUAUCAUCGGAUCGGCACCAUUUAUGUCAGAAGUAACCCCAAAGUCCUGCUACUGUGUACAUAAUUAAAUAAAUACAAAUUUAUUAAC